AUGUCUCUCGAUCUCAUUCAGCAAUAUACCCAAACAGCCAUUGCGGCGCUCCCCGAGCCAGCGCAAAAUAUCCUGGGAAAUAGUGUCGCGCAGAAAGCAGCCGCGCUCAUCGUCGCGCUGAGCCUGACUCGCUCCGUCAACCGCUUCUUCUCCAAGUGGACAUUACAGAACUGGACAACCAACGCGAAAUGGGAGUCGUCGCGCGAACUCAUCCUCCUCACGGGCGGAUGUAGUGGAAUUGGCAAGCAGGUCAUGGAGGAUCUGUCGGCCACCGGGGUGCGCGUGAUCAUUCUCGAUAUCAAUGCGCCAGAAUUCCCAUUACCGGCGAAUGUCGCCUUCUACAAGGCGAAUAUCACUUCCUCGGCGGAUAUCGCAGCUGUCGCGGCGAUGAUCCGGAAGGAGCACGGCGAGCCCACAGUCCUCAUCAACAACGCGGGCGUCGGACACGAUGGCACGAUUCUGGAAGAGCCCGAGGCCAAGAUCCGCCAGACCUUCGAGGUCAACACUCUUUCCCAUUUCCUGAUGGUGAAGGAGUUCCUGCCGGCCAUGAUCAAGACGAACCACGGCCACGUCGUGACCAUUGCCAGCAUGGCUAGCUUUGUCGCUCUCGGUGAGAUGGUGGAUUAUUGUUGCUCUAAGGCGAGCGCCCUUGCUUUCCACGAGGGCUUGCGCCAGGAGUUGCGGUACUGGUAUAAUGCGCCCAAUGUGCGCACGAGUGUCAUUCAUCCGAUGUGGGUUCGCACCCCUAUGAUUAAGAUCCUGACCGACAACGAGCGCCAUUUCAAGCAGCCGAUUAUGACCCCCCAGGUGGUCUCUGCUGCGAUCUGUAAGCAGAUCCUGGAGCAGCGCAGUGGACAGGUGAUCUUGCCCAGUAGUCAGUCUGUGGCUUCGCUGGUACGCGCCAUGCCUACUUGGAUGCAGGAGGGAGUGCGCGCAUUCGCAUCAGGUGCUUUGAAGAAGAUGCGUGCUGCGCAGCAGGCUGAGAAGGAUGCCAAGUAA